AUGGAUUCCAUAUUCACAUCCACUCUCUCCUCCAGUAUAACUGGUGACACUCUGAUUAUUGGAAAUUCUUCUUCUGUAUCUCUUAAGUCCACCAAACGACCACGCUCAACGUACUCUCUGUGCCCACUUGACAUCAACCGACUUCUCAUAUUCACCAGCCCUUGUCCCCCUUCAUGGACAGAAGUGAAAGAGGAGAGUCAAGCUGAAGUGGAUGAGAAACAUCAGAUUGUAAAAAUAAACCAUAAUGUUUCACAGAAAGAAACUCUGAAGACAGAAGACAUAAAGUGUAAAAAUAGUUUCAGAGAAGAUGAACACCCUGAAGAUCACAAGAGGACUCACAGUGAGGAGAAACCUUUAACAUGUCAACAGUGUGGAAAGAGUUUCAGAAGAAAAGAUAACCUUAAAGCACACAUGAUGAUUCACACUGGAGAGAAACGACACGUGUGCCAUCACUGUGAAAAGAGUUUUACAACUGCAGGUAACCUUAAGACACAUGCGAGGAUUCACACUGGAGAGAAACCUUACACUUGUCAUCAAUGUGGAAAGAGUUUCUCUGUUGAACGUUACCUUAAAAUACAUGCAAGAAUUCACACAGGAGAGAAACCUUACACUUGUCAUCAAUGUGGAAAGAGUUUCUCUGUUGAAAGUAACCUUAAGGUACAUGCAAAGAUUCACACAGGAGAGAAACCAUUUGUGUGCCAAGAGUGUGGAAAGAGUUUUAUAACUGCAGCUGAACUUAAGAUACACAUGAGGUCUCACACCGGAGAGAAACCACAUCUGUGCCAUCACUGUGAAAAGAGUUUUAAAACUGCAGGUGAACUUAAGACACAUUUGAGAAGUCACACCGGAGAGAAACCUUACACUUGUCAUCAAUGUGGAAAGAGUUUCUCUGAUGAAAGUAACUUUAAGGUACAUGCAAGAAUUCACACCGGAGAGAAACCUUACACUUGUCAUCAAUGUGGAAAGAGUUACUUUGCUAAAAGUUACCUUAAAAUACAUGCAAGAAUUCACACAGGAGAAAAACCUUACAGAUGCCAUGAGUGUGAAAAAUGUUUCAGAACCAAAAGUAGCCUGAUAACACACAUGAAAAUUCACAAAGCAGAGAAACUUCACACGUGUCUUCAGUGUGGAAAGUGUUUCAGUAUGGAGAGUCAUCUUAAGAGACACAUGAUAACUCACAGUGAAAAGAAACCUCACGCAUGUUCUCGGUGUGAAAAGAGUUUCAGAGAUAAGUGUGAUCUUGAGAUUCACAUGAGAAGACACACUGGAGAGAAACCUUACAUGUGCUAUCAGUGUGAAAAAAGUUAUAUAAGUGAAAAAAAUCUUAAGACACACAUGAAAGUUCACACUGAAGGAAAACCAUUCACUUGUCAACAGUGUGGAAAGAGUUUUACAGUAAAGGGUACUCUUAACACACACAUGAGAAUCCACACUCGAUAGAAACCAUUCAUGUGUCAACAGUGUGGAUAUGAGAACAAAGAUUAGAAAUCAGCUGAGGUCUUAAUAAAACUGUGCGUAGGAUCCUUACUAAAAGUCUACAUGCGCACAAAUGCCCAAGAUGUCUGUACUUGUGUUCAUGUAGACUUGUAAAACGCCAUCAGUCACGGCCCAAGUACUGCUUCAAUUCCAACUUUGCAUCGUGCCAAGUUCAAAUAAGAUCCCUGGAUGUGUUCUUGAUCAGCUUAUUUUAUCGAGGAUGCAUCAGGAGGUGACGUGUGUGGACUUAUGACGGCCAAGUUUCCCAGAAUGCAUUUUGCAUCAGCGGCAAUGAAGCUUAAAACCUGCAAAAUAUUUGAAAUAUUACUCUUUCUGUGUCAUUAAAUGUAGCCAUUUAGACGGGAUAUAGAUAUGAAUAAACUUUAAAUCUGUGGUCAGUUAGUAAAGAUGGUGCCUAUAUAUUAAAAGAUUUUGAAUAUUUGAGAUCAAGGUGAUCAGCAGGCGGUCAGCGUCGUGUACACCGCCGAGGGCAGCCUUAUUUUGUCAAGUCCUUCUAAAAUGUGCCGCUAGCUCAGUGCAGCUGCUCUGCCCUUCAGUGUCUAAUGUGCAAACAUGAAAUAUUCACUUUUUUGCAAGUUCUCCCACUUAGCAUGUCCACUGUGAGACAUAAUCAAAAAAAUUCCACAAAUCACAAUGUAUAAUUUAACUAUUUUUUGUAUGAUACAGCUGCAAAUAAGUAUUUGAACACCUGAGAAAAUCAAUGUUAAUAUUUGGUACAGUAGCCUUAGUUUGCAAUUACAGAGGUGAAACGUUUCCUGUAGUUUUUCACCAGGUUUGCACACACUGCAGGAGGGAUUUUGGCCCACUCCUCCACACAGAUCUUCUCUAGAUCAGUCAGGUUUCUGGCCUGUCGCUGAGAAACACAGAGUUUGAGCUCCCUCCAAAAAUUCUCUAUUGGGUUUAGGUCUGGAGACUGACUAGGCCACGCCAGCACUUUGAUAUGCUUCUUACAGACCCAGCCUCGACCCAUCUUCAAUGCUCUAACUGAGGGAAGGAGGUUGUUCCCCAAAAUCUCGCAAUACAUGGCCCCGGUCAUCCUCUCCUUAAUACAGUGCAG